CCCGCCCCAUGCUAUUGUUCCGUGCCAGGGAUGGGCACCUCACCUGCCGCACCUUGGGCCUCAGCUCUUCGGGACUAGGCGCGGCAUCCCCCGGGGAUGUAAUGUAAAACCUGGAGGGUGCUUGUGAUACCCAUGUAGAUGCUGACAGCACAGGAUCAACCAUAGCGUUCGUUAUGGCUGAAUUUGGAAUAAAGAGACGGAAAGCUAAGGUUCUGGGAUUUUGUAUAAAAACCUGUUUUUUGCAUUUUUUUGUGGCUUCGGUUUGUGGAGAGGAGAAGACCUUCAUUGUGGAGAGCUGGUUAAAAACAUAUGGUUAUUUGCUUCCAUACGACAUCAGAAUAUCAGCUUUACAUUCAGGAAAAGCUAUGCAGUCUGCAGUGGCAACAAUGCAGCAGUUUUAUGGAAUUCCAGUGACGGGAGUGCUGGACCAAACAACAAUCGAGUGGAUGAAAAAACCACGCUGUGGUGUACCUGACCAUCCUCAUUUAAGCCAUAGAAAAAGAAAUAAAAGAUAUGCACUGACUGGUCAGAAGUGGAGACAGAAGCACAUUACAUACAGCAUACACAAUUACACCCCAAAGGUUGGUGAACUUGACACAAGGAAAGCAAUUCGACAAGCAUUUGAUGUGUGGCAAAAAGUGACCCCAUUAACAUUUGAAGAAAUUCCAUAUCAUGAGAUCAAAAAUGAAAGAAAGGAAGCAGACAUUAUGAUCUUUUUUGCUUCUGGAUUUCAUGGAGAUAGUUCUCCAUUUGAUGGAGAAGGUGGAUUUCUAGCACAUGCCUACUUUCCUGGACCAGGGAUCGGAGGCGAUACUCAUUUUGAUUCUGAUGAACCAUGGACUCUUGGGAAUUCAAACCACGAUGGUAAUGAUCUUUUUUUAGUUGCCGUGCACGAGCUGGGACAUGCAUUAGGAUUAGAGCAUUCAAAUGAUCCUAGUGCAAUUAUGGCUCCUUUUUAUCAGUACAUGGAAACGCAUAACUUCAAGCUUCCUCAAGAUGACUUACAAGGAAUUCAAAAAAUUUAUGGUCCCCCUGCUGAGAAUCUGGAGCCUACACGGCCUUUACCGACUCUUCCUCCACGUAGAAUACAUUCAACAUCAGAAAGAAAGCACGAGAGACAACCAAGACCUCCGCGGCCUCCCCUUGGCGACAAACCUUCUAGCCCAGGCUCCAGACCAAAUAUCUGUGAUGGCAAUUUUAAUACAGUUGCCCUUUUUAGAGGAGAAAUGUUUGUCUUCAAGGAUCGUUGGUUUUGGCGUCUUCGUCACAAUAAAGUGCAAGAAGGAUACCCAAUGCAGAUUGAACAGUUCUGGAAAGGCCUUCCUGCUAAAAUAGAUGCAGCCUAUGAGCGGUCAGAUGGAAAGUUUGUUUUUUUCAAAGGAGACAAAUAUUGGGUCUUUAAGGAGGUUACGGCUGAACCUGGCUAUCCCCACAAUGUUGUCGAGCUGGGAAGCUGCUUACCAAGGGAAGGUAUCGACACUGCAUUAAGAUGGGAACCAGUAGGGAAAACCUACUUUUUUAAAGGCGACAGAUACUGGCGAUACAAUGAAGAAAAGAGAGCUGCAGAUCCAGGAUAUCCUAAGCCAAUCACUAUAUGGAAGGGAAUACCAGAGGCACCACAAGGAGCUUUUGUGAGCAAAGAAGGCUCUUAUACCUAUUUCUAUAAAGGAAAAGAAUAUUGGAAGUUUGAUAACCAAAAACUGACAGUGGAACCAGGAUAUCCAAGGUCAAUUGUGAAAGACUGGAUGGGCUGCAACCAAAAAGAUGUAGACAACAGCAAAGACCGUCAUUUGCCCCACGAUGAUGUGGAUAUUAUGGUUACGAUAAAUGAUGUACCGAGCACUGUAAACGCUAUAGCGGUGGUAAUACCCUGUAUAUUGUCAUUGUGCAUCCUUGUCUUGGUAUAUACUAUAUUCCAAUUUAAAAAUAAAGGUGUGCAACAAAACGUGACCUACUAUAAGCGACCGGUACAAGAAUGGGUAUGACAAGAUCUGGAUGGUUUUUGAUUUUUUUUUACAUUUUUAGUUUUUAUGAGGGCUACAAGGAUAAAUGGAUUAAAAGUCCAUGAGUCAAACUUUACAACUGACGUAUGGAUUAUUAAAUGUCCUGACUUUGCCAGUAAGGAUAGAAAUGAUGAAUUACAGAGACUGCCUUACACAGCGGAGCCUCUUUCAUUCUUACUGCCUCAUACUUAUAUCUUUUUCUAGUGUGCCAUUUUCAAGAAGGUCCACUUUGUGAUAGCCAGGUACCUCACUUGGAAUUUCUACACAUGAAGGAUUACUCUGGCUGAAAACUUGUCUUGAAACCAGCUUUCAAUACUGAAGUCGGAUUCUUAAAAACAUAAAAAUAAAAAACUUAUUUCUAUGCCUUUGAGCUGAGAAGAUCAAGCAUUUGUUUCACUAAUAGGGCAAAUAAUUGUCACUGUAAAUUUCCUAAGUGGCAAGCCAUAUUAAGAACAUAUUUUUAAUUGCACAAAAAAGAGGAAUUCACCAUUUUUCAGUCCCUGCUGGUCAGAAAUAUUACAUAAAGUGAUUGUUAAUUAUAGAUUAAUGAAUUUGGUAUUCUCUGCCUGCAUAAAGAAAUAGUUGUCAGCGUUAUAAAAGGAUGUCUUUCUUGAUGGUUGAUAUCUCAUUAAGAGCUGAGAACAUGAAUAAAAAAUUAAAUUCAUAUUCACUCAUGGCGAUAUCUGGUAAUUGUUGUAUUCAUGUAGAAACCUACAAGAAAGCAAAUAAAACAAAAAAAAUAUAUAUAAUAAAAACAUGGUUUGGUUGAA